AGUACCACCCCCACCUGUCUUGUCUUUACCAUAGACAAAUUCAUUAUCCACUUCUUUUGCCUUGCUUUUCCUUUAUUUAAAGCAUAGCCAGACUAUCCAGCCAUGCACUUUGUUACUAACUUGCUAGAGCUGCUGGCUAUCAACUCCAGAACUCAAUUAAAGAAAAAAAGAAGAGAAAAAUGGAGGGAGAAGUGAUACAUAAAAAGAAUUUGAAGUUGGAAAUUCCAGGAGAAAGUGAAAUGGCUUUUCCGGUGGUGGCACCAGGGGUAGCCACUGGAGGUGGCGGGCUUGCUAGGCAGGGAAGCAUGACGAAGAACAAUUGCCUUUGCUCUCCAACCACCCAUGCAGGUUCCUUUCGUUGUAGGCUUCAUCGAGUUCCCCAACAAAGCCUCCAGAGAACCAAAAGCAUUGAUUCAACCCCCCUCCAGGAUUCACAAUCUAAGCCCAACUGAACAAAUUAAGUACUGAUCGCAUGACGGUGGUGUAGUGCAGGAGGCUCGCUUGACUGUAAAAAUUUGCUAGCUAUAGGAUUAAGGUUUUAUUUUGGUCUCAUUUAGACGUAAAAAUGAAAGAAUGCAUCUAUUUGUUGUAUGUACUUUGUCUCAUUUCAUGAUGUUUUAUUAGUUGUGCCUGCCAAGUACUUUGUAGCUACUGCAUAUUAAGAUAUACCAAGCUUGAGUACCAAUUUCAAAAAAAAAAACUGAUUAAUAUCCUUGAAGAGGCA